AGAGAGAGAGAGAGAGAGAGAGAGAGAGAGAGAGAGAGAGAGAGAGAUAAGUAGUAGUGCACCACUUGUAAGGUGAUUAAUUUAGCUUACAUGUUUUCCUGUUUCACGCAAAGCAAAGUCAUUUUGACUUGAUUCUUUCUUACCCACCAUUUACUUCCCCACUUUUUCUCUUCUAUAUUACACUUAUGUCCCAACCCUCCGGUUUCCUCAUUCAAAUAUAUACCACUCUCUAGAGUCAUUUCCUACUCACAUUUGCUCUCAAACAAAACUCAAAGAGAGAGAGAGAGAAAGACAGAAAAACCCACUAACUAGUACUACUUCUACUCUACUCCUACGAUGGCCAAAGAGUUUCAGAAGAACCCAAUGUUCAUAGAACAAAAUCAUCCACAACCUCACCACAAUUCUGCCGUUAUAGAAAACGGUGACUUUCGUAAGAACGUUGAUGAAGAUGGCCGCCCCAAAAGAAGUGGGACAUGGGUAACGGCGAGCGCACAUAUCAUCACGGCGGUGAUUGGAUCGGGAGUACUGUCGUUGGCGUGGGCCAAUGCUCAGUUGGGUUGGGCUGCAGGCCCAGCUGUUUUGAUGGCCUUUUCUUUCAUCACCUAUUUCACUUCUACUCUUCUAGCCGACUGCUACAGGGCCCCAGACCCCGUUACCGGGAAGAGAAAUUAUACCUACAUGGCCGCCGUGAAAGCCUACUUAGGUGGGAGAAAAGUACAGCUUUGUGGGUUGGCUCAGUAUGGUAAUUUGGUUGGAAUAACAGUCGGUUACACUAUUACUGCCUCUAUCAGCAUGGUGGCUGUAAAAAGGUCGAAUUGCUUUCACAAAGAGGGUCACUCGGCUAAAUGUUCAAUCUCAAAUUACCCGUUUAUGAUAAUAUUUGCUUGCAUCCAAAUUAUUCUGAGUCAAAUACCGAAUUUUCAUGAUCUUUCUUGGCUCUCUAUACUCGCUGCUGUUAUGUCCUUCGCUUACUCUCUUAUCGGAGUUGGACUCUCCAUCGCUAAAGUUGUAGGGGGGACGCAUGUGAAGACAACCUUAACGGGAGUGGAAGUUGGGAUAGACGUUACAGGAUCGGAGAAAGUUUGGAGGACUUUCCAAGCCAUUGGAGAUAUUGCCUUUGCUUAUGCCUUUUCAACUGUUCUCAUUGAAAUACAGGACACGUUGAGAUCAAGCCCACCAGAAAACAGGAGUAUGAAAAAGGCAACUUUUGCUGGAAUUAUGACUACAACGACUUUCUAUAUUCUAUGCGGUUGUGUUGGUUAUGCAGCAUUUGGAAAUAACGCACCAGGAAAUUUCCUCACUGGAUUUGGGUUCUAUGAACCAUUUUGGUUGAUCGAUUUGGCCAACGUUUGCAUUGCCAUUCAUCUUAUUGGUGCCUAUCAGGUGUUCUGUCAGCCCAUAUACGGACUCGUAGAAGGAUUCUGCAAUAAACGCUGGCCAGAAAACAAGUUCAUAUCGCGUGAGUAUGCCAUGAACAUUCCAUUCCAUGGUGUCUACUAUUUGAGCCCCUUCAAGUUGGUGUGGAGAACCGCAUACGUUGUAGUGACGACAUUAGUAGCUAUGAUAUUCCCUUUCUUCAACGACUUCUUGGGUCUCCUUGGAGCAGCAUCGUUUUGGCCGUUGACUGUUUACUUCCCCAUUGAAAUGCAUAUUGUUCAGUCAAAAAUACCCAAGUAUUCAUUCAGAUGGAAUAUGCUCAAGAUCUUGAGCGGUGCCUGUUUGAUUGUGUCCAUUGUCGCUGCUGCCGGAUCUAUUCAAGGCUUGGCCACAGAUGUCAAGACAUAUAAGCCAUUCAAAACACAAUGAUCCAUCACAAUAGCCUUAGCUAGUUGUCCCCAACGGUGUGUGUAGUUUCUUCCCUCUCAGUAUUAAAAAAAAAAACCAUAAAAAUUAUUAUUAUUAUUAUAAAAUACCUUACCUGCAAGUCUGUAUGUUAUCUUCAAUACCAAUGCUGUAAGGUCUUAGUCUGCUGAUCAAUGUUAGUAUUAUUCGUCAGAAGAAAAAUUGCAAAACAAAAUUUCUUCAAUAUAAGACUUUUACUUCUACAAUAACUCUUAAUUGCGACGUUUUUCAUCAACCAGCCUAGAAAAAAUGAAAUCAAAUAAAGAAUAGAAAAACUGUGAAAAAAUGAGAGGAACUAUUUCUAGUCCCUAUUCAAAAGAAGCUUAAGACCUACUAUUAAUGUGCAGCUAAUAAGGACUGAUUCACAUGAA